ACCUGGGGUGUACACAUGCAUUCAGCUGGGAUUGCUCCCGAACCUUCCUAGACUCCAUCUCUGGCUCUGGGGUUACCUGUGGGUGGGGCGAUGCCGGCACACAGGAAGACCUCCUCUCCAAAUUCUCCCUGUAGUUGGCUGGUUUUAUUCCAAGCCCUUCGCUGGGAUGCGCGAGGGACCGGGCUUGGCACGGCGUCCUCUAAGCGGUCUGCCCUCUGCCGUCAUCAUUCGUCCGAGCCAGCGAAAGAGCGGCCGGGCAGACGCGAGGGCGGUUCGGGCGGCGCGCGGCCUGGGCGGUUCUGCCCCAGCACGCGGGCCCCGGGAGCCCCGCCUCCGCUCGCGGUGACAGCUCCGCCGGGCCGGGGCUCGUGCCAGCCAGUGCGUCCCAGCCCGGAGAGUGCGCGCAGCGCCGCCGGCUGCAGCGUCCGAAGCCGCCCAGGGCGCCGCGCCGCUCCGCUCCAGCCUGCCGCCGAGACCGGUCCCUCCCCGGUGCCGCGCGCACGGCCAGCCGCAGGUUCGGCCACGUCCAAUCCGUCUGCCAGAAAAGCAGACGGCGGAGCUCUCUCUUCGCCGCCGACGCAGGGGGAAGGAGCUGGGGAGGGAAAAGCGGCUGCUGUGUGCGCUGGAGACUCGCGGGCAAGGCUUCUCAUUUUCCCAGGCUGCUUCCCCUCCCGGGUGAGGAGCGCCCGGAGACCGAGGAAGGAGCCUGGAAAAUGGAGCAGACGUGGGCGAGAGAUUAUUUUGCAGAAGAUGAUGGGGAGAUGGUACCCAGAACAAGUCACACAGCAGCUUUCCUUCGUGGCAGUGAAGAUCGAGGCCCUCCAGUGCAGUCACAGAUUUGGAGAAGUGGGGAAAAGGUCCCCUUUGUGCAGACGCAUUCCUUGAGAGCAUUUGAGAAACCCCCUCAGGUACAGACCCAGGCUCUUCGAGACUUUGAGAAG